CCUUUUUCCAGAGGCUGCAUGGUGGUGGCCCAGAAAGGAUCCGUCAUUCAAGAAAUGGCAUGCUGUUCUGCCAAGGGGACGGAGUGGACCCCCCGUCACCGGAUCGGAGGCAGCUGGUACCAGGUGCUAUUUUCACUCUGCAUAAAGUGAUGGGCAGCCACAAUCCCUUCCAUGGAACAGUCCGAGUCCACAGUCACCCCUGGUCCACCAUGAAGUCCACAGGGAGCGACAAGGGCACCCAGCCCGAUGGCUUCCCGUCCGACCUGGAUGAGAUGGACAGCGGCAGUGAGAGCUCCGACAACAAGUCCACGGGCGGAGGCUGCAGCCCGCGUAGGGGCAGCGAGGGGCCCAGGCAGAGAGGAGGCAGGCGGCUGACCGGCAUCAGCAAACAGAGGCAGGCAGCCAACGCGCGGGAGAGAGACCGGACACACAGCGUAAACACUGCCUUCACGGCACUGCGCACCCUCAUUCCCACAGAACCCGCAGAUAGGAAGCUGUCCAAGAUUGAGACGCUACGCUUGGCGUCCAGCUACAUCUCCCACCUGGCUAACGUGCUGCUGCUGGGGGAGGACUGUCUGGAUGGGCAGCCUUGCCUCAGGUACCAGAGCAUCCUCCAGAACAGCACCAACAUCAGCAAUCCCUCGCUAAGGCCCAUAUGCACUUUCUGUCUCGGUAAUCAGAGGAAACUGCUCAGAGAUGGAGACAAGCGUGCGACUGUCUGACGUGGGCUCAAACUGUCAAGGACGCAAGCAUGCACACUAAUGUUUACAUGUAAAGAAAUCUAGAACUGAAAUAGAAAACAUAAGAUGAAACUUUGUAUAUAUUUGAAAGUUUUUAGGAUAAUAACACUGAAAUGCACUUUCCGUUCCCUACGUGUACGUAUUAUCCCGUGUUUUGGUGUAAUGUAACUUGAGCACAUCUCUUAAGUUGCACCUGACAUGCAGCUAUUUUUGUUACAGCCCCACUGCUCCUAAAAAACAUCCCUGGCACCACCCACCCCGUCACAUGACGGUAACAGUAGCCUGGUGGUCGUCUUGUACAGACAGACUCUUAGAAUCUGAUGCCAACUUCAUCGUCACUAUCUUAAAAGGAUUCUUUGAGGUCUGAUGGUGAUCCUAAUAUGGCAAUAAUGAUUAGCUUGAAUACAUAAUGUGUUCAUUUAAACAAUCUAGCCACACAGUCCCUUUCGGCAUUAUACAAAGUGUGAUUGAUCAUGCUAUUGUAAUGAAACUGAUGGACUCAUAAACACACUUGGUGGAAGACAUCAGUUGUAAACCGUGAUUUGGGGUGUUAUACAGUAUGUUGAUAAAUGUUUACUAGCAUCCAUUGCACAAUUCUUUUCACAUUUCACUUUUUUUGUGCAACUUUGUUCCUUUCAAUGAUUUGAUAAACAGCACUGUAUGGCUCAGGUAGAUUACCUGAGAUUGUGAUAUGGUUUUCCAGGAAAAUAUUGUACCUACCCUGGAAUUGUUACCUCAAAGACCCCUGAAUGUAUUUCAUACAACUGGACUGUAUAGGCCUACCUCUCAAUCUAUUAUUUUUAACAUUGUAUUAAACUACAGUACUUGAAUACCUCAUGUCCACAAUGAAAAUUGUCAUUUGUACAUAGCAAAAUCUGCUUGAGAG